UGCUAUACCCUGCUGCUAGAAAAGAGAAAGAGAAAGAGAAAGAGAAAGAGAGAAGGGAAGGAAGAGUGGGUGUUGUCGUCAUGGCAACCCUUUCCUCCUCUCUUCCUCUCUUCCGUACCCACCCUUCACCUUCGCGUUUUCGCCCCUCCCUAUCCCUGUCUUUCUCUCCUCUGCGUCAUGUCUCAAACCCUACAAAAUCCCGAACCCCCUUUUUGGUUCUUGCUUCCUCAACCAACUCCUUCGGCGAUUUCACCUCCAAGAAAUCAGUUCUCACGGAGUUGAUACAAGAGAUAGAACCUCUGGAUGUGAGCCACAUCCAGAAAGAUGUUCCACCAACUACAGCAGAUGCCAUGAAAAGGACUAUAUCUGGUAUGCUGGGCUUGCUUCCAUCUGAUCAGUUUCAUGUCGUCGUCGAGGCCUUGUGGGAACCCCUCUCCAAGUUACUGGUUUCUUCAAUGAUGACUGGGUACACACUGCGCAAUGCUGAAUAUAGGCUUUGCCUGGAGAAAAACUUUGAUACGGAUGAAAGAGAUCUAGAUAAGCCAAAGGCAGAAAAUACUAAGCUUGACUUACAAGGGUUGCUACAUGAUAGUGUAAAUGUAAUUGACUUUGGUAGAAACAAUAAUUUGUCUUCCAAAGUUGAUAAGCGUCACGAGGAUGUCGACAUUCAAGACCUUGGUAAAAUAUCUGUGGAAGCUCAACAAUAUAUUUUCAAUUUGCAAUCUCAGUUGUCUUCCAUGAAAAAGGAACUACAUGAAGUGAAAAGGAAAAGUGCUGCUCUUCAAAUGCAACAGUUUGUUGGAGAAGAAAAGAACGAUUUAUUGGAUUACUUGAGAUCUCUUCAACCAGAACAGGUAGCUCAGCUAUCAGAAUUUACAUCCCCCGAGCUGAAGGACACCAUCCUCUCUGUUGUCCAUGGUCUCCUUGCUACCCUUUCUCCCAAGAUGCAUUCUAAACCUUCAACAAUGUCAGAGAAUGCAACAGUUGGAACAGCAAAUGCUGGGAGUGAGGAUUGUGCUGAGGUUGUUGAGAAUUCUUCACUUCAAUUUCAGCCUAUUAUUUCAUUAACACGGGACUAUCUCGCUCGUCUGCUUUUUUGGUGCAUGCUGUUGGGACACUAUCUUAGAGGCCUCGAGUACCGAAUGGAGUUGAUGGAACUGCUGUCCUUGACAAGUGAUGCUGAGAAUGAUGCCUCAGGGAGUGAACAAGUUGCUUGAAUGCUGUUCAAAUUUUGGUGGUUCAAUCUGUAUAUAAACGUGCGGUUUCAACAUGAUUUUUCUUUUCAACAUGAAGAGAUAAUAACACAGACACAAGUGCUAGUCACUUCUGCUGAGGAGAUAUCGUUGCUUACAGAAAAAUAAAUCUUGCAUUACUGGCACAAGACCAUGGGAAGGAUCAGAGUUGAUUGGCACAAACCUACUUGUUGGUGCUGGGUGAUUAUAUUAUAGGUUAUGGAAAUAUUGUGACGAACUAUGUUGCACGAGAUGCUAGAUGAAGUUGAUUAUUUAUCAGUUUAUAUUUCGAUAACACAAUUGAGUUAGAUGUAUCUAGAUUUUAUAUUUCUACUUGAUUCAUAUCA